GCUGCGGCUAUCCGACGAAGCUUGCAUCUGUGCCUUGGUCCGCUUGGGGUUUUCGGAAUCAAUCUGUGGAGACUGUGGUGAGCAUCAAGCUCUAGAAAGAAACACACGAACUUCGGGAAUUUGGUCCUCUGGCAGGAGUGAAACUGUUGUUCGGUUGUUUAAUUUUCGGAAUCGAAACCCAUCUAAGAGCCCGAAGUCGCCCCCUGUCUUCGUUGCUCACAUUCUUGAUUGUGAAACUCUAAACCCCUCGAUUACUUGACUGCUGAGGCAGAAAUUUCUGCAGACCAAACGAGUCCUGCACCACCUUCGUCUACUAUAAAAUUUCACCUUGCGUGCCACGAGGCCAGCAGCUGUCACUUGUUGAUCUCGCAAUUCGGUGGGAUUUGGUUGUCUUGGAAUUGGAAGGUACGCCGUGGAGAUAAUCCUACGGCUACUUGAUAGAGGAUUUUUGCAGGAUAACCUUGAUUUGUCCUUGACUACCGUUCCUCAGCUCCCCGCUGGGUCGGGUCAUGGACAUCACAACUAUUUUGAACAGAAAAGGUUCUGCAGCCAUGGUCGCCGCAGAUUUUGAUCAACAACAAUUCAUACAAAAUCAUCAUCUUGAUACCUCGUCGCCAAAGAUGAAGCCGGAACCUGGUGUUUCAGAGGCCGCUGAUCAGCCAGUCCUCUCGUAUCCUCCCCAUGCGCCGCUCGGUCAAGUGCAAGUGCCGAAUAUGCAUCCGGAUAUGCGAUACCAACCGCAGCCGCAUCCGAACCCGGGGCUACCACUUCUGCAAAACCCCUAUGUACCGGGGGGAUAUACAAGCGCCCCCCAGAUGCCGAAUGGUGGCGCCCCUCAGGGUAGGACAGACCCUCCGCCCAAGACAUUCCACUGCGGCACUUGUAGCAAGGGAUUCGCUCGACGCAGCGAUCUUGCGAGACAUGAACGAAUACACUCUGGUAUUAGACCCCACGCUUGCGAUUGGCCAGGGUGUGGUAAGCAAUUCAUUCAGCGCUCUGCCUUGACCGUCCAUUCUCGUGUCCAUACGGGUGAGAAACCGCACAUGUGCGAAAGGUGUGGAAAGCCUUUUAGCGAUUCGUCCUCGUUAGCCAGACACCGCCGGAUACAUUCUGGAAAACGCCCUUAUAAAUGCCCAUACGCCAAUUGCCAGAAGACCUUCACACGUCGCACUACUUUGACCCGCCAUCAAAAUCAUCAUACGGGCACUAUCGAGGAGGCGGCCGCAGAAACGGAAGCCAACCUGAGGCAAAAUAAAGAAAGAGCAAGAGUCCCUGGAGACGGAAUGUUCUCUGAUCAUGGUUCUGUCCAUUCAACCCCUUCUCCGGCCCACCACCCCGCUAUCUCACCAGCUGGUGAUCUUCCUCCCCUAAACAUGCCUCGUACAUCUGGCGAAUACUACAGCAUGGGAAACGGUUCUAUCCCUCCUCACGUCCGCGGAGAUUUUCCCCAAGCUAGUCCUCGGGCUUCUCCAACGGCAACUUCUCCAUCUCUGUCAAGUUUCGGUAGUGCUCCGCACCCCCGGCCCUCUAUGACCUCCCACCCGUCAGGUUACGCCCCCCCUCAACCGCUUGAGCCACCCGCGAACAACGACCAUCGGCCCAAUAGUGUUAGCGGAAGCCCCCAUAUGACAAGUUUGGGUUGGGCUUCGCCGUCACACGGUAGCAUCCCAUCGCCGGGUUCCGCAAGCGAUUUCGGUUAUUCUGAUCCUAACGGCCCAGCGUACCCGAACUCGAUGCCUCCUCACAUGUACUUUCCCAACUCUACCAUCCGACGCCCUACUAGCACCGAACCUGAGAACUACGAGAUGAAGCCAAAACUUGGCGAAAGCGCAUGGUCUACACCGGUCUAAGGUCUCAAUGAACAGCAGGACCUCUGAUUUGGGACAAGCAGAUUUGGUUCUAAACCAUAUACCCACGCAAUGUCUAGGCUCCGGUGAAGAGUUUGGUAUUUGCAUAUCUUUUCCCUUUGUUUCGAAAUUAUUUCAUUUGUUUUCCGUUGCAACCUGCAUACCAGCAUUUUUUCGUUAUUUGAUUUUAAUUUCCU